AUGGACCGGUGGUUAGAAGUACGUGGCAAGGUGCAAAAUGUUAUGUUCCGUCAAACGGUUAUCCGUGCCAUGCAAAAGCGAGGACUAGAGGGCGGGGCAACCAAUGACAGUCACGACACAAGUUUGGUUCGGAUGACGCUGCGUGGAAGCAUUGAGCAGAUGGAAGACCUUGUAAGAGCGCUGCGUGAAGAUAAAGCAAUUAACGACUGGGGAGCCAAAGCCACAAGCGUCGAGGAUGUCGACGCGGAGCACGGCAUGGCGCUUGAGACUCAUCAAGUGACUACGGCCAACGUCGAUAAUCGUCGUUGGAACCCCAAUAUUACCAUGUUCAUCUAA